UCUAUUACUGGAAUAAAUAUACGACACAAUCAACCGGGAACUGGAGUAGCACCCUACAAGUACUGGUUGGCAGAUUGGAUACUCAGAGGACGAGCGUCAAGCAACGCCUCGUUACCCAAGCGAUCGCUUACUCGCUCACUGGCAAGAAGAGCGGCAAGAGAGGCGUGUUGGUUGCGGCAGGUCACGAGGAACGGGUCUUAAGAUGGCCUACAUUAUCCGGCCUUAUCGGUGAGAGAAGCGGCGGUUGGGUCGAGGAAGAAACAGAGAGGAGGGUAGACCACGUGGCGGGAGGAGCGGUCGAGAUAAUAGCUGGACAGGAAGAAAAAUGGGACAAGCUUGGUGCAAGGAGAAGACCACGAAGGCUCAGGACUCCAAGUCCCCUUUGGAUCGGGUCUUCGUGCGUUGUGCGCAUCGGUUCUACCCCGGCUUGAAGGAGGAGGGAUCGGUCCUAGGUGGCGCCACGCAAAGGGUGACGAGCUCUGAAAUAGGCUACGCUGGUUCACCGCCAAGGGAGGUGCUCACCAGGGGCAGAAGCAUAGAUUCCGUGGACAGGCCUUUUCAUCCGAGCGACUGGGUCGACGUGAACCUCGAAGUGCCGAGCACACCGAGGGCGAGCUCGGUGCUCACGAAUUUAACCGUCGACACGAGCCUCUAUCCGGCCACCACCCCCACGUCCAGCUGUUCGAACCUGAAGGACGUCACGCCGAUUCCACCGCCCAGGCGUCGAAAACGGAACAAGGGCAGGCCCCUGCCGCCUAAACCGGACGAGGUCACAGCUGAGAACCCGUCGAGCGGUCUGAAGCGGCCGGAGGCAAGUGACGAGCCGUUAUACUCGUCGGUCAGGUCACCGAAGAGCAGCGAAGAUGAGCAGGAGGCCGGAGAGGACAGUAGACAGGGCAAACAUCGGUCGCGCGACGAUGGAAGCCGCGAUGGAAGAAGAACGAAGGAGAUUUACGAACACAAGGUUAACGGGACCGGAAGGAUAAUAUCAAGCGACAUGGUUUCCGGAAAGAGGACCUUCGAAAACAGCCAGCACCAGCGCAAGGCUCACGAGAACGAGGAAUACGAGAAAUUCGCUAGGAACCGGACAACCAAGGACUCCUCGACUCCUAAUCGCGAUGAGAAGAGGAGGUCGAGGGAGGUCGAGAAGCAAAUCAAGGAUUCCUCGAGAGAGAUGGAGAAAUCGAGCAGCAUCGCAAGGACCAAGAACUACAGCACCGUCAGUCUGCCGAAUUACGACGAGUUGGACGUGGCCAGGCAUCGGCCGAAAGGAACAGACGACCAUGAACACCAACAGGACAAAACGAGGAGGUCCAGGAGACCCGUCAGGAGCAGCACAGGAUCGCUUCCGGCUGAAUCCUUCCUCUCGCCAUUUUCCGAGAAAACUAGCGUGCGAUUGGAAGACUACAUUCCUAGGUCUGAUAACCUAUCGCCGUAUCAAGUCUUGGAGAAGCUGGACUGUGGCACGAAUGGGGUGGUGAGAGACGAAUUCGUGAGGUAUGACCCGAGUAAAUCAGAGGAUUGGGAGCUAGGAGACAUGGGUAGUUGCGAAUUGAAUCGUCAACACCGGCUCUCCUUUGAUGGCACUCCCGGGAUCAAUGACGAAAAACGAGUUCGUGAGGAAGAGGAAGAUGUCGUUGAUUUCUCGAUCGGUCGAGAGGAUGAAAGAAGAUCCCCUUCGUUGGAUCGAGAUGCUUCCAGAUCUCCAGUCUACAUAGAAAAGCCAGAAGCGUUUGGAAAAACACCGUCUAUGGUAGUUGGCCAGCCGGAGUACAAGGAAGUGGAUCCAAAUAGGACUCACUUGAGGUAUUUUGAUCCACCUAUGCUGACGGAUAGUUGCAAAAUUUCUUCUGCCUGCGACACAUCAGGGGUCAAAGAACCGUUUUUUCUGGACGAGGUGAAACAUCGUUCAGUUCUAGAUACGAUCGGGGGAUCCAACGAAGGGAAGCCGGAAUCCGAUCGAUCGGGGCAAUCGAGAAUGACGUUCGCCAGAAGCCUGUCGAAUGAAAGCGAGCCGAACGAGGACACCUACGAGGCUAAAGAGUUACACUGUCACGCGACUAAGCUGAUCAGGACCAUUUCCGAGGAGUCUUUACCACGCGAGAUGCUUGAAGAACCGGACCUGGACGAUCUCUACGAUGAGAAACUGGCCAAGAACGUGCGCAACAAUCUAAAGAAAAACCUAGACGACUGGAAGAUCAGCACGCCGCCACCGAGCCCCGAAAUGAGGAUCAAGUCUGAUACUAUAGACUCAGACCACUCGACCUUAUUAAAAAUCCUUAAAGAGGAGGCUGCGGAGGGAAGUAACCUGAGCUCGAUGACACCUAGCCUGACUGAGCUGGAGGCUGCUUUAUCAGAUAUGUUGGAGAAGGAAGACUCGCAGGAAGGGUCUAAGGAGGAUAAUAAAUUCAACGUAGCCAACGAACAGGUCUUCAAACAACUAGAACCACAGAUCCAGAUGAAUUCUGAUGGUUUGAAAAGUAAGGAAGGUGGAGCAAAAACAGAUUGGAAUCUAGUCGAUCGAGAGUCUAAGGGGGAGGAUGAAGCUCCAACGUCCCUGAAACAGAUUCUAGAGGACAGAAAACCAGUCACUGGAAGAAAGGUUUCGUUCUGUUCGUGGGAGGAGUCCAUUGCGAAACUGGAAUCUCAAAAUGAUCGAGAAUUUGCUGAUCUUGAUAAAUGGGUUACUCCCAGAGGCGACGAGGAUCGAGGAAUGGCGAACACAGGAAGUCCCACGGAUCUUCCACCAGAGAAACCUAGCAGGCUGAACAGGAGUCUAGAUGAUCUUAUGGAGAACAUGGACGCUGUUCCUACGCCGCCUAGAAGGAAGAACAAGAGUCUUGGCCCGGUCAAGAAGGAGUCUGAAGUGGCACAAAAUGGCUCUGCCCUUUCUGAGCACCUUUCAAAUGACAGACUUAUUUAAUCGUCUUUAGUGAUGAUCUUAGGAGUAUGUUUCUUGAAGGAAUAGUUACUCGAGGGAAGAGUUGGUGGAACAGAUGUAGCAAGGUCGUAAAUUAAGGCAUUAAUUGCUCUUUAAAUGUCACUCUUUUACAUAUGUUCAUGUAUAGAAAGAGAACUAUGAAGACAAGUGAGAAACCAAUGACUAUGGCAUGUGCGAUGAACAUCAAUAAAUAUAUCAUUUGUGUAUAUUUUUCUAGAUGUAUAUAUGUUAGUUGUGUAUGUAUACUUAUGCAACUUUGUAUGAUGCACGUUUAUUGUUUGAAGAAUAGCAAAUGGUGUGUUUCUGGAACCUGUUUACUAAGUUGUAUAUUAUACAACAUUGUCUAACUAUAUUACAAAGGAAAAGAUAAUUCCAAGUAUGUAGCUAUAUCUUCAUUAGUACGUUGUACUAUUCUUUUCAAUUUGAUGACCUCAUUCUAUCAGUUCCACCAACAGUGUAAGGAAUGUUUGAAACGAAUAGUUCAAAACAAGCAUGCCGGGAAAUGGUAAAAUAGACUUGUCUGUUUGACUCGAUGAAGUUAGAGUAAUUGUACUAUCAAUAUGUUGACGAUUAUGAACAAUUUUAUGAGUUGUUGCUGCUGUAACGUGGAUCGUAAUAAAGAUUAAACUGCUCGUUCGAUUAUUUCGUGAAUUGGUUCGAUGGACUUUGAGAUCGGUCCAGACGAAAAUUCUUAGCCGAGGCUCCCCCUCACGGCAAACUUUCUAACGAACUUGCCGCUUCCGAAGAAGCGACGACGUCCUUCGAAAAUCGCGAAACUUCGUUCGAAAAGUUUUCGAUCAAUGG